CUGAGUUCUUCCUUACACAACGUUCAAGCUCGACGGCGUCCCGUCGGUCUUGACAUCUCACUAGACUAGCGAUGACUUCAUUGCGGGCCCCCGGGGCCAGGGCGAUCGUGGCCUGCCUGGCUCGCGGGAUCUUCGUUCAACCCAGGCUGGCACUGCACUCGCAAAAACGGUGGAAGGGCAGCAAGAAGGGCUCGGGGGGGCCAGGAACGUCACGAUGGAAUCCGCCAGCUUUUUUCGACUUCCACCCAAGCGUUCUGCACGCGCUGCAACAUAAACUGCCCGUUGUUGCGCUAGAAAGCACGAUUAUCAGCCAUGGGAUGCCGUACCCGCAGAAUCUUGAAACAGCGCAAGCCGUCGAGCAGAUCGUCCGCGAUGAGGGUUGUAUUCCGGCCUCAAUUUGUUUAAUGGACGGCCGUGUCAAAGUUGGCCUGACAGCGGCAGAACUUGAGAAGCUAGCCAAAACGGGUCUGGCAGCGCGGAAGACGUCAAGGAGGGAUCUAGCGGUGGUCUUGGCGCAGGGAGUAGUCGGUGCCACGACGGUGUCUGGAACGAUGGCUAUAGCUCACAUGGCGCAAAUCAAAGUGUUUGUGACGGGCGGCAUCGGAGGAGUGCAUCGAGGUGGAGAAGAGUCGUUGGACGUGAGUGCGGACCUGACCGAGUUGGGACGCACGCCCGUCGCGGUGAUAUGUGCGGGUGCGAAAUCCAUUCUCGACAUCCCCAGGACCUUGGAGUACCUUGAAACUCAGGGGGUAACGGUGGCCACAUACGGAGAAAGCGACGAAUUCCCGGCUUUCUACACGCCCAAGAGUGGAGUCAAGAGCAUGUGCAACGUUCAAACACCGGAAGAGGCCGCUAGAAUCAUUGGAGCGAACAGUCAGUUGAAACUUACGAGUGGAGUUGUAAUCGCCGUGCCGAUCCCGGAGGCAGAUGCACCCAAGGACGCAGGGAAGAUAGAGGAAGCUGUAGUGGAUGCUGUGGAGGAAGCCAAAGUCAAGGGGAUUCGCGGGAAAGACAUUACUCCCUUCUUGCUCGACCGUGUGAAACAGAUAACGGGUGGCGACUCGCUCACGGCGAACAUCGCUUUGGUGAAGAAUAAUGCCCGCAUUGGCAGCCGGAUUGCAGCCGCGUACGCCGCUCGUCGAAAACCUCCCGCAAACCCUAAAACAGGGAACAAAAACGAAAACGACCAGCGUAAUCCUAUUGUCAGCGCCGAACCUUCACCUUCCUCAACACAAGAGGAAGUCGCAGACUCUGCCAGAAGUCUGUCGGGAGAGACGCAAAGCUCCGGCAAGCGCAAGGGCUCCCCACCAAAGGGACCACGCCCAUUUGUCAUUGGUGGGUCUGUCCUUGACAUAUCGGCGCGUUUCGGAGGCGCGACAAACGCAGAUGGAACCCCGGUGUUUGGCGAGUCCCACCCGGGUAAAUGUGUUCAGUCGUUGGGAGGUGUGGGUCGGAACGUUGCGGAAGCCUGCCACAGAACGGGAGGAAACCCGCUUCUUCUCAGCUGUGUCGGCAGGGACGUCGCAGGCGACGGACUGAUCCAGGAGAUGGCUGCGGUGGGCAUGGAUGUCAAUGGAAUUCGACGCUUGGGGGGCCAUUCAACAGCGAUUUACAAUGCGUUCCUCAAAGAAGACGGCGGUCUUCUCGGGGCGGUUGCUGAUAUGGAGAUCCAUAACCAGAUACAUGGCAAGGAGGUGGCCGCAAAGAUUCUUGCGGAAAGACCCACCAUAGUCUGCAUCGACGGCAAUUUGUCGGCUAUGGCCAUGGAGACGGUUCUCAAAGCAUGUACGGAAAAACAAAUACCGGUUCUGUUCGAGCCUACGUCGCAAGCCAAGGCGGUCAAGUUGUUUGAAGUCGACCUGGAGUUAAUCAAAGGCUGCGUGAGAUACGCGACACCGAACUCGAACGAAUUUGUGGCCAUGAUGGAGAAGACUGGUGGAGAUUUGCGCAACAUCAUCCCGGUUAUCUUGGAGAAGCGCGGCAGUGAAGGCGUACAUGUGCACCAUCCCAGUAAGGAAACGGAGAUCCAACCAAUGCGGAUUGUGAAGGAUUGUGUAUCCGUUACAGGGGCAGGGGAUAGUUUGGUUGGAACCCUCCUAACCUGCCUCAGCCGCUAUCACGGAAAUCCGGCGAACAAAGGUUCCUUCUUCCCCUCGGCCGCGGAGCUCAUGCCUUGGGUGAGAAACGGGAUGCAUGCCGCGGAGCUGUCACUCGGAAGUCGGCAUGCCGUUUCGAAAGACCUCACAUGGGACGCAGUCUACCGCAUCGCAUCUCAGCGGUCAGCUGAUUAGUAUAUCCAAGUCGUAUGCUGAGCAGGUUUUUCAGACGCAAUGCCUGGGAAGAAUACAAAGCCCUAAUGGGGAAGCAAAUUGGGAAUCAAUCAAAGUACUCAGAUCCCGCCGGUUCAACUUGAUCGUGCACA